UUCGGAAUUGAUUUGAUAUAUGAGUGCGGUAAAACAGUGCAAAAGGAGGGAACAGAGAGGGAGGAGGUUUGUGUGAAGAACGAAAGGUGAAUUGGAUUCAGCGAAGCUUCUAGAAAAUAUCUCUCUUUCUCUCUCGUUUUGUUAGAAGAGAGAAUUCGUAGAUCUGAUUUUUUUCUUCUUUCUUUCGAUCGAUUGUUUCGUCAUCAGAAUUAAGUUCGGGAAAAAGCAAUGGGAUUGUGGGAAGCUUUUUUGAAUUGGUUACGCAGCCUUUUCUUCAAGCAGGAAAUGGAGUUAUCUCUUAUAGGACUGCAGAAUGCUGGAAAGACUUCCCUUGUAAAUGUUGUUGCUACCGGUGGAUACAGCGAGGACAUGAUUCCUACCGUGGGAUUCAAUAUGAGGAAAGUAACAAAAGGCAAUGUUACAAUUAAGCUAUGGGAUCUUGGAGGGCAACCUAGGUUCCGUAGCAUGUGGGAACGCUACUGCCGUGCGGUUUCUGCUAUUGUUUAUGUUGUUGAUGCUGCUGAUCCAGAUAAUCUUAGCAUAUCAAGAAGUGAACUUCAUGAUUUGCUGAGCAAACCAUCAUUGAGUGGUAUCCCUCUAUUGGUGUUGGGGAACAAGAUUGACAAGGCAGGGGCUCUUUCUAAACAAGCGUUGACCGACCAAAUGGAUCUGAAAUCAAUUACUGAUAGAGAAGUUUGCUGUUUCAUGAUCUCUUGCAAAAACUCCACCAACAUUGAUUCUGUUAUAGACUGGCUUGUGAAGCAUUCCAAAUCAAAGAGCUGAGAAACUACUGUGUUUUGAACUCUGAUGUAACAUCCCUGCGACUCAUUUCUGGAUUUUCUAGUGGCAUUUGCAUGUCUAACUCUCAGAUUGGUUUAUUCUUCCCUUAUCUAAGGUGCUUUGCAUUGUGUAUUAUCGGUGUAGCUAUAUCGUUAAAAAAUCACAGAAUUGCUUUUGCGAGAGGAA